GCCUGUAUCUUCGAUCGCGCCCAAAGUUUGUUUAUUGCAGUCGCGUACAUUGCCAGCUUUCAAUUGACACUUUUUUUUGUUUGAUUUACAGUUGCGCGAGUCUAACCUCAGCUCCCAACUUGACAAUAUGUCGGAGCCGCGUGUUUUCAUCAUCAGACAUGGCGAAACAGAAUGGUCGCUCAAUGGUCGACAUACAGGCACUUCUGACAUACCGCUUACGGCAAACGGCGAAAAGCGUAUCCUAGCCACUGGCAAAGCACUCGUAGGCGACGACCGAUUGAUCGUCCCCAGUAAUCUGGCGCAUAUCUACGUCUCCCCCCGUACCCGCGCCCAACGUACCCUCGAACUCCUAAACUUAGGCUGCAAACAACGCUACCCCUGGCACGACAACGACUCUGCAAAACAAACCCACGACACAACACCCGAUAUCCGCACCCACGCUACCAUCGAGGUCACAGAAGCCGUCCGCGAAUGGGACUACGGCGACUACGAGGGCCGCGUCACACGCGAAAUCAAGGAAGACAGGAAGAAACGGGGGUUAGGCGGCGACUGGGAUAUCUGGCGUGACGGGUGUGAAGGAGGAGAGUCUCCAGAAGAUGUGACAAAGAGAUUGGACGAGCUAAUCAAGGAGUUGAGAGAAAAGUACCACAAGGGCAAGUUUGGCAAAGAUGGGAAACCGAAUGAUGUGCUUAUUGUGGCGCAUGGCCAUAUACUGAGAAGUUUUGCUGCUAGGUGGGUGGGCAAGAGGUUGGAGGAAAAUCCGAGUUUGAUACUCGAGGCGGGUGGUGUGGGUACUUUGAGUUAUGAACAUCAUAGCAUCGACGAGCCGGCAAUUCUACUGGGUGGUGCCUUUGUGGUCGAUGUCGUCGAGAAGGAACAGGUGGAGAAUACGAAAUGCUAGUAUACAUUCGACUCGAUAGCCAUUUUAGUUAUUUGCAUUCAUGUCGUAAGCCUUUCGUUCUGGUAUCAUC